AUGAGCAGUGUUAUUGUACCCACAGCUAGUCCUCACCUGAGGCUAGGAUGGAUAGGCAAGCCGAACCGCUUGGGCUCCAUGGGGUUGGGCAUGGCGACCAACUUACAAAAGCACCUUUCGCAGAGUGGCGCGCCAAGCCUCAGCUUCUACAAUCGCACCAAGACCAGGGGUGCAGCUCUGGAAGUGUUGGGUGGUGUUUCUCGCAGCCUCGAUGAGCUUACCGCGAAAUCUGACAUCAUCUUCAUGUCCCUAAGUGAUGGAAGUGCGGUCGAAACAGUUUUGAACACAAUGUUAGCUUCAAAUGGUUCGACUACUCCUUUUGACAAAAAGAUCAUUGUCGAUACCUCGAGCAUUCAUCCCAAGAUUUCAGCUCAAGUGAGGUUGAGAUUGAGGGAAAAGGGUGCAGAGUACGUCGCAGCCCCUGUUCUUGGUGCCAGUCCCGUAGCCGCAAAAGGACAACUUCUUUGGAUAUUGGCAGGGGCGGAGGCUGCCAUCGAUAUUGUCGACCCGUACAUUGUCGGGGUGAUGGGUAGAGGGGUCUUACGACUCGGGGACGAUGUGCGGCUCGCAAGCAGUCUGAAAGCUGUUGCAAACUCACUCGGAAUUGGUAUGAUAGAGGUCAUUGCCGAAGCUCACGUCCUUGCGGAGAAGGCUGGCUUAGGAGUUGCCGACGUCGAGAAUCUGAUCCAGCAGCAGUACGGCCUCCCAGGGCUCAUGAUCUCGCAGCGCCUGACAACCGGAGCGUACAUGCCUCCACGGGGCGAGAGACCGUGGGCCGAUGUUGUUCUUGCGGUUCUGGGCGGGCAAGAGAUUCAGACUGCUGCAACAGAUUUGGGAGUGCAACUUGGUGUUUCUUCGCUUGUUAUGAAGAAUCUGGAAGUGGCGAAAGCGUACGGCGAGUCGGUAGGGCGGCAGCUGGACGUCUCUGCGCUUUAUGGUGCGGUGAGGAUGUCUAAUGGGCUUCCUUUUGAGACGGAGUUUGUGAAGAAGAGGGAUGAUUCUUCCUAG